AAUCGCAGUGACAGAACUGCUGUGAGUGACGUGCUGACUGAGGUGUGCUGUGGUCGGUCGCGAGGAAGCCAGACGGGGGAAAGUGAAGAGCAACGGCAUACAACGCCGACGAUGCAGGUUUUGACGGCGCUCUCCUACACAGCCAUCGUGUCCACGAUAGGCCUCUUCCUAACGGGCAUCCCUGUGACACGGCGGAUCAAGAAGGCGCGAAGCUCCGCAAAUGUGUCGUACACCCCAUACCUUGCGGCCAUGAUCAGCACGUGCUUGUGGCUCAAGUACGGCAUCUUGACCCAGGACUACACGCUCAUCUCCGUUAACGGCAUAGGAUUCUUGCUCAACUUUUAUUACGUUGUCAUCUGCUACUCGUACAGCAAAGACGAAAGGGCGUUCUACUACCCGCUGCUCAUCACUAUAAGCGCCAUGUUCGGGCCCCUCCUCUACGUGAAGUACCUGGCGCCAACAUACAUGCAUGCCGUGCAUGCCAUCGGGUACUGCGGCUGCAUCACGUCCACCAUCAUGUUCGGGUCUCCGCUUGCAACCCUGGGCCGGGUGUUGCGGACCAAGUCCACAGAGUCGAUGGUGUUCAGCCUGUGCCUCAUGAACUUCAUCGUCAGCGUCACCUGGGCCCUGUACGGCUACGUCAUCAACGACAUCUUCGUCCAGGGCCCCAAUGCCGUCGGCGCACUCCUCGGCCUCGUCCAGCUCCUCCUAUUUGUCAAGUAUCCAUCCUCGGGCGGGCCUGGCCACGUGUACGACCUGGCAGCGCGGCUCGUGUAGAAAGGAUAGCGGCCCUCCAAUCCUCUCGUCACGCUUCUCCUCUUCAUCAACGCUCCUCUCCUCCACACUCAACAAACGAACAUCUUGGGGAUGAGCAGAAGUGGAUUGACAGCAACACUUGUUACACAAAGAGAUGUUUGGAUGGAUGGAUGGUUGGUUGGUUGGCGUUUCCUGUGUAAUUGCACGUGUGUGACUAUGAUUCCUGGGACACGCGCUGGUGCGAGACAGAAAAGGAGAGGGUGGG